AUGGAUCUAGAGGAAAUUAAUAUUCAUGAUCAUGGCGAUAAAGUAGUUGAUGAGAAUCAUAAGUCUAAAGUUAAGUGCAAGUACUGUGCUAAAACAGUUAUUGGCUUUUAUAGGCUUAAGUUCCACUUAGCAGGGAUUCGUGGUAAUGUCAGUCCUUGCUCUGAGGUUCCUCCGCUUGUGAAACAAGCAUUUCAUGCUGAGAUUAUGGGGAAGAAGAGUUCUCAGUCCUCACAAGAGAUUUCGAAAUCUGUAGGGAGAUUUUUUUAUGAAUCAGGACUUGACUUUGAUGCUAUCAGAUUACCUAGCUUCCAAAUGAUGUUUAAAGCCACUCUUAGUCCAGGGCAGACAGUAAAAUUCCCGAGUUGUCAGGAUUUGAAAGGUUGGAUCCUUCAGGAUGCAGUGCACGAGAUGCAACUGUAUGUGACGGAAAUCAGAAGCUCAUGGGCAAGAACAGGAUGCAGCAUCUUGUUAGAUGGAUGGAUAGACUCAAAUGGUCGAAAUCUGAUUAAUAUCCUAGUGUACUGCCCGAGGGGUACUAUUUAUCUUCGAUCAUCAGAUAUAACAUCUUUCUAUGAAAAUCCUGAUGCCAUGCUAGUAUUUCUCAAGGAGAUUCUGGAGGAAGUUGGAGUUGAAAACGUCGUGCAAAUUAUUGCACACUCGACGUCUGAUUGGAUGAUUGCAGCAGGCGAAAAACUGAUGGACAGUUGCAAAACUGUGUUCUUUAGCAUCGAUGCAUCACUCUGUAUGGGACUGAUGUUACAGAACUUAACACAGAUAGACUGGAUAGGACAAGCUUUGCAGAAGGCGAAAAUGUUGAUUCAAUUCAUCUACAGCCACAGCACGACCAUGAAUCUUCUAAGAGAUGUUUUCCCUGGGGUCGAGCUUGUAAAGUCUUCCAAAGUUAAGGCAAUUGUGCCUUUUUUGACUCUGCAGAACAUCGUAUCACAGAAAGACGUGUUAACGAGGAUGUUUCAGUCGUCUGCUUGGGGGACCUCACAGCUGGCUUCUACGAGUGAGGGGAAGAGAAUAGCUGAAAUGAUUGAAGAUGCAUCAGUUUGGAGUAAUUUUAGGAUGGCUGCAAGAGUAACUAUUCCGCUUGUGGAAGUUAUUAAGUAUCUGAAUGGUACUAAUAAGCCACAAGCUGGUUUUAUAUCUAACAGACUUUAUCAAGCAAAAGAAAUCAUCAAGAUGGAAUUCAGAAGCAGAAAACUGUGGCGCCAUGAAGAAACGUGGAACAAGAUAGAUGAGACGUGGAAGAAAUAUCUCCACAGUGAUCUCCAUGGCGCGGGUUACUAUUUGAACCCGUGUUAUUUCUACUCAAGUGAUUGGCUAGGUACUGCGGAGAUCACUUGUGGUCUUUGUAAGACUAUUGAUCGAAUAGCAGGUCAUAUAAAGGGAUUGAUCACAAAACAAAUUCACGAAUUUGAUUUUGAUGGUUCCAGAGAGAUUCUAUCAGAUAUUUCACCAGCACAAUGGUGGUUGAAGUAUGAAGUUGAAUAUCCAGAGCUUGAAAGGUUUGCUGUUCGGAUCCUUAGUCAGACGUGUGAUGGUGCGUCACAUUACAGGCUGAAAAGGAGGUUGGUCGAGACGUUACAUACAAAAGGGAGGAGUGAGAUAGAGCAGCAGAGGCUGAAGGACUUGGUAUUUGUACAUUGUAAUCUGCAAUUGCAGGGAUUUGAUCCAGAAGGAGAAAAUGAUAUUGCAGAGGACGUUGUUGACGCGAUGGAUGAGUGGAUACUCGGAGAAAGGGCAAAUGUGGUGUCUGAAAACUCGCAAUGUACAUGGAUGGACAUGGAAUUGGGAAGCAACAAACGAAAGAGAGAAGUCAAGAAGGUGAAGGAGGAACCAGAAGAAUAG